GAUCCUGCCUCAGUUUUUCCUUCUUUAAAAUGGCUGCCACUCUGGACCCUGCUGAGGUGCUUCAUUCUUCGAGAGGGAGAGAUAAUUUUCAACGUCUGGCUCGGCUUUUGAUAAGUGGAGGUACUGUACUAUUGAGGGAGGUUUUUGACAUCAAAUGUCCAUCAAGUAAUCUUCCUACUACACUUCAGAAUCCAGCCAUGAAGAAGCUACUUAAGGCAGCAAAGCUCACCAAACCACAGAUGGACUGCCUGUACCCUUCCCCAGGGAUGUAUGGAAAGUCAACAGACUUUGAUAUAACUCUCCUUUUCCGGUUGCUAAGGACAAUAUGUGGCCUCACUGCUCCUGUCACAGGCUGGGAUGCACUACCAGCAAGUACAGAUGACAGUUUAGAAGCAUAUUUAGCCAGAAUAAAAUAUUACCGCAAUUCGAUAUAUGGUCAUGUGAAGGAGAACAUGGAAAUCUCAGAUGACAAGUUUUCAGUUCUUUGGGGAGAAAUUAGUGAGGCUCUGGUGAGAAUUGCAGGUCAAAUCAGUCCUGCAAAGGCAAAAGAAUGGCAAAAUGCUAUUGAUACAUUUUUAAAAGAUCCCCUCACAGAGGAGGACAAGAGAAAUGAGCAGGAAUUGCAAUGCUGGUACCAGAAUGAUACAGAAGUAAAGGAAUACUUUGAAAAAGUAGAAUCUUCAGUGAAGCAUUUGGAGAAAUACUUAGAACAUGAAGUUCGAGAACAAGCCCAAGAAAUUAAAGAUGAGCUUGGAGGCAAAGUAGAAUCUACAGCGCAAGAGGUUCAGCACUUAGGACAAGAGCUUCGAGAUGAAGCCCAAGACAUCAAAGAUCAGCUUGGAGGGAAAGUAGAAUCUACAGCGCAAGAGGUUCAGCACUUAGGACAAGAGCUUCGAGAUGAAGCCCAAGACAUCAAAGAUCAGCUUGGAGGGAAAGUAGAAUCUACAGCGCAAGAGGUUCAGCACUUAGGACAAGAGCUUCGAGAUGAAGCCCAAGACAUCAAAGAUCAGCUUGGAGGGAAAGUAGAAUCUACAGCCCAAGAAGUACAGUGCUUGAGGCAAGAGUUGCGAGAUGUAGCCCAAGACAUCAAAGAUCGAUUAGAACUUGGUGGUCAACCCAAUUCCUCAGCUGGAGUUAAAAUUCGAAUGCAGAUUGAUUGUGAGGCCAUCACAGACCCUCAUUCACAACUAGAGACACCAGGGACAGUGGUUAUAGCCAGUCAGGGUACCCAAGCUUGUGGUGAUGAGCUGGUAGUUACUGGAACAUCAGAAGGAAUGCCUAAAGGCACACAAGAUACCCAGGCAGGAAGUCUCAAGAUCAGGUAG